AUGGGUGUGAAGACCGUUUCCAACGAGUUCUCGAGCUCCAUCCCUCCCAAGUGGUUGUUCAAGGCCUUGAUCCUCGAGUCCCACAACCUCCUCCCCAAGCUUGCCCCUCAGACCAUCAAAAGGAGUCGCUUCAAGUUCGUCAAAUACAAAAUCGACGAAAUUGAUGAAAACAACUGCACCUGCAGAUACAGUUUGAUUGAUGGAGAUAUGCUGGGGGACAAGCUUGAAACCAUCAAAUAUGAGGUUAAGUUUGAGGCGUCUGGUGAGGGGAGUGUGUGCAAGAGCUCAAGCCAUUAUCACACAAAGGGUGACAUUGAACUCAAAGAUGAGGACAUCCAAGCUGGCAAGGACAAGGCCUUAGCCGCUUACAAGGUCGUCGAAGAUCACCUUGCUGCCAACCCCUCUGUGUGUGCUUAA